AUGCCACAAUUGGCCGAGGCGAUAAGCAAACAAGACGAUUGGACGGGAACAAAGGAUGCUGCAGCACGAAGAAGAGCACAGACGAGACUUAACAUGAGAGCAUACAGAAAACGCAAAGCCCAAGAAAAAAAGAACCAAUCAUCGAUUGUCAAGCAAGAGACAACGAUUGAUUUAUGGGAUAUUAAACAAGAAUUCAUGUCAAGCGUCUCAGCUUCAAACGCGAAACAAUUAUACAACUCCAAACACCCAUUAAUGCCGUACAAAACAAAGAACAAUCAGCACAACAUCAUCUUCCCUCUGAGUCCAGACCACCUCAUAACACUCCUUCAAUACAACGCCCUCCGCGCUCUAGCCGUCAACCGCAGUUUGAUAUCAGGGAUCCUCUUUACUCCUCUCGAAUGCGACCAAGAGAUUACCCAUGUAAUUCCAUACCCUUCAAACCCAGAGUUCGUCCCCGCCGCUCUUCUUCCAACCCUUCUCCAACAGACAGUGCCACACGGAGACUGGAUUGAUAUGUUUCCAUCUCCAGAAGGACGAGACAACUUGAUUCGUGCUAUGGGUACCUUUGAUGAAGAUGACCUGUGGGCGGAUUGUAUUGGAGGUUUGUAUGAAGGGUAUCCCGAUGACGAAAUGGAGAAACGCGGUAUGAUUGCUUGGUCGCCGCCGUGGGAUAUUUCAGGAUGGGAGAUGUCGCAAGGGUUCGUUGAGAAAUGGGGUUGGUUGUUUAAAGGCGUGUCGGGACCUAUGGAGGCGACGAAUAGAUGGCGUGUUGAAAGAGGUGAGGAGCCUCUUGUUGAGAGAUUGGCUGAAUUGCAGCUGUAG